ACCAAAGGUAUAAAUUGAAGCGACGGGAUAAAAAAGGCAAUUUAUGAAUUUAUAACGUAAGUGGACGAAAAACGGAAGAGAAAAUGUGAGGGGCAUUUACGUAAAGAGAGUUAAGAGUGGCAUAGAGAGAACCCUAAUUCCCAUUGUUGAUACUAUAAAAGGUUCAUUAUCCCUUCAAAAUUAACCCUUCCACACAUUUGCUGUGAUUCCCUUCUCUCAGAGCUGCCGCAAAGUGACCUAAUUUCUCUUCUUUAAGUCUUUUAGUCUCUCAAGAUGGGUAAGGAGAAGAUUCACAUCAGCAUUGUGGUCAUUGGCCACGUUGACUCUGGAAAGUCAACUACCACUGGUCACUUGAUCUAUAAGCUUGGCGGUAUUGACAAGCGUGUUAUUGAGAGGUUUGAGAAGGAAGCUGCUGAGAUGAACAAGAGAUCAUUCAAGUAUGCCUGGGUGCUUGACAAGCUUAAGGCUGAACGUGAGCGUGGUAUCACCAUUGAUAUUGCUUUGUGGAAGUUUGAGACCACUAAGUACUACUGCACCGUGAUUGAUGCCCCCGGGCACAGGGACUUUAUCAAGAACAUGAUUACUGGUACCUCCCAGGCUGAUUGUGCUGUCCUGAUUAUUGACUCUACCACUGGUGGUUUUGAAGCUGGUAUCUCUAAAGAUGGCCAGACCCGUGAACAUGCUUUGCUUGCUUUCACCCUUGGAGUCAAGCAAAUGAUUUGCUGCUGCAACAAGAUGGAUGCUACCACUCCCAAGUACUCCAAGGCUAGGUAUGAUGAAAUCGUGAAGGAAGUUUCUUCCUACCUCAAGAAGGUUGGUUACAACCCUGACAAGAUCCCCUUCGUCCCUAUCUCUGGUUUUGAAGGAGAUAAUAUGAUUGAGAGGUCUACCAACCUUGACUGGUACAAGGGUCCAACCCUUCUUGAGGCUCUUGACCAGAUUAAUGAGCCCAAGAGGCCAUCAGACAAGCCCCUCCGCCUUCCACUUCAGGAUGUUUACAAGAUUGGUGGUAUUGGAACUGUCCCUGUUGGUCGUGUAGAGACUGGUGUGAUCAAGCCUGGUAUGGUUGUGACCUUUGGACCUUCUGGUUUGACAACUGAAGUCAAAUCUGUAGAGAUGCACCACGAAGCUCUCCAGGAGGCACUCCCUGGUGACAAUGUUGGAUUCAACGUUAAGAAUGUUGCUGUUAAGGAUCUUAAGCGUGGUUAUGUUGCCUCAAACUCCAAGGAUGACCCAGCCAAGGGGGCUGCCAGCUUCACUGCCCAGGUCAUCAUCAUGAACCAUCCUGGACAGAUUGGAAAUGGAUAUGCCCCAGUUCUCGACUGCCACACUUCCCACAUUGCUGUCAAGUUUGCUGAGAUUUUGACCAAGAUCGACAGGCGUUCAGGUAAGGAACUCGAGAAGGAGCCUAAGUUCUUGAAGAAUGGUGAUGCUGGCAUGGUUAAGAUGAUUCCCACCAAGCCAAUGGUGGUUGAAACCUUUGCUGAAUACCCACCAUUGGGUCGUUUUGCUGUGAGAGACAUGAGGCAAACUGUUGCUGUUGGUGUUGUCAAGAAUGUUGACAAGAAGGACCCAACUGGUGCCAAGGUCACCAAGGCUGCCCAGAAGAAGGGGAAGUGAACAGUGCUGUGUAAUGCUGGAGUUUUCAAUGCUUUCUAUUGUCAUAAAGUGUGUUAUGUGAACUCUAUUUUGUUUAGUUCUGCUAUAUUUUUAUCUUCGAUUUGCUUUCUAGGUUCUAAUUCUCUGCCUUGUAUGUCAGUUAACCAUUCACAGAAUUGGGUGCUUGAUAGGCGGUGGCGAGCAUGAUUUGAAUAUGUUUUCAUUUACUUGAGGUGCCUUGGUUUUCCUUCCAUGGUGGCUCAGGAGUUUUGCUCUUUAUGUUUCCUAAAUUUGAGAUUUGAGUUUGAGACUCA